UCUAAGUCUUCCCACCCCCAUCCCUCACCCCCAAGGGCGUUGGCAACUUCCAUCGCCUGGGGCUCUCACGCCUCUCGGGGAGGGCCAGUCCCUGGGUCUAGGCAGGCAUCCUGGUGGUCUCCAGCGGGUUUCCACUCCGGAGGAGGCCGGGAUUGGGGGUUGGGGCGGCAAAGAGCGCAGGCGCAGUGCCCGCAUCUGGCGCCCCUUUCCUUGCUGGUCGCCCCUGGCAGUCCAGGCUGCAGUGGUCCCCACCGAGCGUGCGGUGGCCUCAGCUGGCUAGGGAGGCCAAACCGGGAGCGCCACUCGGGGAGAGUCCUCUAGAGCCCCGGGAGCAUCCGCUUUGCGGUGACUUGCAGUGCUGACUCCAUUUCCUGGUCCAGACGCUCAGAAAUCUGUGCAUGCGUUAGAGAACAGCAUGAGGUCCAUCUGUUCAGAAUUUAUCUGAAGAAAUGGAUAAUUCUCCAUCCAAAAAAUAUCCAGUUAAAAAACGGGUGAAAAUCCAUCCCAACACAGUUAUGGUGAAAUAUACCUCUCAUUAUCCCCAACCUGGAGAAGACGGGUAUGAAGAAAUCAAUGAAGACUAUGGCAGAUUCAUGGAGGAGAAUCCGAAGAGAAGUCUGCUGAGUGAGAUGAAGAGAAAAGGAAGAACUUUGUUUGGAACCAUGGACCCUCAGCCUCCACUAACAGACGACUCAGGAGGCAGUGGGAUGGCACAAUUCCAGAGCUUUGCAGAAAAAAACAUUUUUCAGUCCCGAAAAAUGUGGAUAGUGCUGUUUGGCUCUGCCUUGGCUCAUGGAUGUGUGGCUCUCAUCACUCGGCUUGUGUCUGACCGCUCCAAAGUUCCGUCACUAGAACUGAUCUUUAUCCGUUCUGUGUUGCAGGUCUUAUCGGUGUUAGUUGUGUGUUAUUACCAGGAAGCUCCUUUUGGACCCAGCGGUUACAGACUACGACUUUUCUUUUACGGUGUAUGCAAUGUGAUUUCUAUCACCUGUGCUUACACCUCCUUUUCAAUAGUUCCUCCCAGCAACGGGACCACGAUGUGGAGAGCCACAACCACGGUCUUCAGUGCCGUUCUAGCGUUUCUACUUGUGGAUGAGAAAAUGGCUUAUGUUGACAUGGCUACAGUGGUUUGCAGUAUCUUAGGGGUUUGUCUCGUCAUGAUCCCCAACAUCGUUGACGAAGACAACUCUUUGCUAAACGCCUGGAAAGAAGCCUUUGGGUACACGAUGACUGUGAUGGCCGGACUGACCACUGCCCUUUCGAUGAUAGUGUACAGAUCCAUCAGGGAGAAGAUCAGCAUGUGGACUGCACUGUUCACCUUUGGUUGGACUGGGACAAUCUGGGGAGUAUCUACUAUGUUUGUCCUUCAAGAACCUAUUAUCCCUUUAGAUGGCGAGACAUGGAGCUAUCUCAUUGCUAUAUGUAUCUGUUCUACUGUAGCAUUCUUAGGAGUUUAUUAUGCCUUAGACAAAUUCCACCCAGCUUUGGUCAGCACAGUACAGCAUCUGGAGAUUGUGGUAGCUAUGGUCUUACAGCUUCUAGUGCUACACAUAUUUCCUAGUGUCUAUGAUGUUUUUGGAGGGGUGAUCAUUAUGAUUAGUGUAUUCGUCCUUGCUGGCUAUAAACUGUACUGGAGGAAUGUAAGGAGGGAAGAUUAUCAGGAAAUACUGGACUCUCCCAUUAAAUGAAUACCUGGUUAUUAUUAUCUUAUUAAUGUCUAGUUAUUAACAUGUACAUUGCCCUUUUAAUAUUUACCUGUAGAUGUCUUUUAUGUUAUAUAAUUGAUAGAGUACUAUAUAGUAUAAAUAAUUAUGCAGAUGCAGGAAGAUAUUCCAGACCAAUAUAUUAAAGCAUAAAUAUUAAAUAGAUGAAAUAUGUCUUGAACUUUGUGUAUUUAUAAUUACUAAUGAAAGUAAUUGUGGUAGAAGGGUAUCAUUCUCCAUCACCAAAGACACAAGACUAGGAGUCUCCAAUUGAAUUUUUGUGGUUAUAAACUUCUUUUUUUUAUAA